CUAGGGUGCUUCGGUGGUCAUAGCGUCCACUUAACGCGCGAACGCGUCGGCAUAACUCACGCGCUGGCUCUCCCCUCCCCUCGACUCCGUCUUCGUGUCAACACACUUUUCUGUUCGCACCUGAACUUCAGUUCUUGUCCUCUUUUUAUAUUCGACUAUAUUUCGAAUACUAACAUAAUGUCUCGCGCCUCUAAACUAGCGGAACUACGGGCGUUACGCGCUGCUGGAAAGACGCGUUUAUCCACAUACGAGGUGGCAGAGGAGGAGCAAUUGUACGAUGAGGUUGAUGAAGAAGGUUACAAAAAGUUGGUGAGAGGUCGUCUUGAAGAAGAUGAUUUCAUUGUCGACGAUAACGGCGAGGGAUACGUCGAUGAUGGCAGAGAAGAAUGGGACGGCAACCAAAAUGGUUACCGCUAUGCUUCCGAGAGCGAGGAAGACGAGCGUCCAACCAAAGGCAAAAUUGCGAAGAGAAAACGCGAAGAAGACAAGGAGCAACGAGACAAACAGAACCGAAAAAUCAACUCCUUCUUCACUAAGCAGACCGUCAAUGCAGCAGCAAAGCCCGUCGCUACCGCCGAAGAGAAUGAUUUCAUGGACGAUCUGCUGGGCGAGAUCAAUACCAACGUUUCUCGUGCUGGUCCUCGUAUGCGCCCGGUCAAGACAGAAUCACGACGAAAGACCCGCGUUCUCUCCCCUCCAAUUUCUGAAAACCGUGCGAAAGCGACAAAAAAACAAGCUGCUGACUCGGACACCUUCAUGCCCGAAACACCGCCGGCCGCAAAUGCAUAUGAUGACGAUCCGCUCCCCAUACUCGGCGAUGACGACGACAUCCCUAUGAGCGACCCUAUUCCACAAUCUUCUCCCGUGGCCAAGGCGGUCGAACGCAAAUCCCAACCAAUGAUUAAGAUUGAGGAGGAGAAUGACGAUGAUGGUAUGGAGGUAGAACAAGCGGUCGGGCACAGCGGCGUGGCUUCAGCCAGUGUUAACAUCUCUGGAAAGAGACCAAUUCCUAAAAUACAGAAGGCUCAGUAUCCCACACCAGCCACUUCAUCGCCAGUAGGACCUACAGUUGCCCCCGCAGUCGACGCUUCAUCGUGGAACAGUGUCACCAGCAAACUAAAUGUCGUCAGUAGUCCGGCACCCACAAUUACUAGCAGCGCUGGGAUUGCAAGAGCAAAUCCUGAGUCAGCACUCCAGGACGAUGGGAGCUUGCACAUGUUUUGGAUCGAUUACACCGAGAUCAACGGCAGCUUGUGUCUAUUUGGAAAGGUGCAAGACCGCACUACUGGUAAAUACGUCAGCUGCUUCGUAAAAGUUGACAACAUUUUGCGGAAGCUAUACUUCCUUCCUCGCGAACACCGACUCAGACGAGGUCACCAAACCGACGAAGAGGUGGAACUGGGAGAUGUGUCGGAUGAGAUUGACGAUAUUAUGAGCAAGCACCGCGUUACCAUGCACAAGAUCAAGCCUACCAACCGAAAGUAUGCGUUCGAGCUGCCAAACAUUCCAAGGGAGGCCGAUUACAUCAAACUGCUUUACGGUUACGACAAGAUGCCAUUGUCCACGGACUUGCAGGGGGAAACGUUUUCACACGUUUUUGGUACUAACACAUCACUUUUCGAACAAUUUGUCCUGUGGAAAAACAUCAUGGGUCCAUGCUGGCUCAAGAUAGAAGAUGCCGACUUCAACGCUGUCAGGAACGCGUCUUGGUGCAAACUCGAGCUGGCUGUGGCCAAACCUAACAACAUUACCGUUCUUCCUAACACUGAAAACAUGGAUCCUCCUCCUCUGACCCUCAUGAGCAUAUCUCUGCGUACGACUUUCAACGCCAAGGACAAUAAGCAAGAAAUUCUGGUGGCAAGUGCAAUGGUUUACGACAACUUCUCCCUCACAGAAUCUACUCCAGCAGAACAGUUGCCCUGCAAAAGCUUCACAAUCAUGCGCCCCAAUGGUGAUGGAUAUCCCAACGGGUUCAAGGCGGAAACCGACAAGCAGAAAGGCACCAUUAUGCUGAGGAAGACCGAGCAAGAUCUGCUCAAUGUUUUCAUGGCCAUGUUCCAGAGACACGACCCUGAUGUUCUCAUCGGCCACCGUCUCGACGACGUCGACUUUAGCACUCUUCUCAACCGUAUGCGUGAGAAGAAGACCUCCGGAUGGCACCGCAUUGGACGUCUCAAGAGAAGUGAUUGGCCGAAGAACCUGGGCAAGGGUGGAGGCAGCUUUUAUGCCGAAAGACAAUUGGCAGCUGGCCGCUUGCUCUGCGAUCUAGCCAAUGAUCUUGGCAAAUCGCUCAUGACAAAAUGCCAAUCCUGGAGUCUAGAAGAGAUGUGCCAGCUUGUGAUCGAUAAGCGCCGGGACGAAAUAGACAACGAAGCAGCACUGAAAACUUGGGCUACUACCAAAGACGGCCUUUUGAACUACGUCAAGCACUGUCAAGCCGAUGCUUUCUUCAUUGCCGCCAUUUCCGUCAAAGUUCAGAUGCUCUCCCUCUCCAAAGUCUUGACCAACCUUGCUGGUAACUCAUGGGCUCGUACACUGAGCGGAACUCGUGCCGAGCGGAAUGAGUACAUCUUGUUGCACGAAUUUUACAAGAACAAGUAUAUUUGUCCAGACAAACAAUGGGGUAAACCCAAGGCAAAGGUGGACGAUGCUGCGGCUGAGGGCGAAGAGGGUGCCGACGCAAAGAAGAGGGACAAGUUCAAGGGUGGUCUUGUGUUUGAGCCUGAGAAAGGCCUUUAUGACAAGUUUAUACUUGUCAUGGAUUUCAACUCACUGUAUCCUAGUAUCAUUCAGGAGUUCAACAUUUGCUUCACCACAGUGGAACGCGCAGAUAUCACUGAAGAGGACGACAAAGUACCCGAGAUUCCAGGUGAAGAACAGGAAAAGGGAAUUCUCCCUAGGCUUAUUGCAAAUCUUGUUCAUCGUCGCCGAGAAGUGAAGAAGCUUAUGAAGAGUCCCAAUGCAACACCCGACCAAAUCACCACCUGGGACAUCAAACAACUCGCCCUGAAACUCACUGCCAACUCUAUGUACGGCUGCCUCGGUUAUUCAAAGUCGCGUUUCUAUGCCAGGCCUCUCGCUAUGCUCACGACAUACAAGGGUCGUGAAAUUCUACGUCGAACUAAGGAGAUGGCCGAGGAAAAGAUGCUUCGGGUCAUUUAUGGUGAUACCGAUUCAGUCAUGAUAAACACAAACGUGGACAAUAUUCAGGAGGCCGUCAAACUGGGUGAAGACUUCAAAAGGCAAGUGAAUGGCAGCUAUAGACUGUUGGAAAUCGACAUCGACAAUAUCUUCCGACGAAUCUUGCUCCAUGCUAAAAAGAAGUACGCUGCCAUAAACAUGAUCCGUGUUGAAGACAAGUACAUCGAGAAACUAGAAGUCAAGGGUCUUGAUAUGAGGCGCCGAGAGUACUGUGCUUUAUCAAAAGAAACCUCAACCAAACUUCUGAACUUCUUGCUGUCGGGAGAAGACCCUGAAACCGUUGUCGAAAAGAUCCACGAUCAUCUGCGCACUCUUGCUGAGAGCAUGCGCGCAUUUACCAUCCCUACUCGCAAGUACACGAUAUACACGCAACUUGGCAAACACCCCAAGGACUAUCCAAACGGCGGCUCCAUGCCAUCGGUUCAGGUGGCAAACCGCCUUAUUGCGAAAGGAAAACAUGUCAAAGCCAAGGAUGUCAUGAGCUUCAUCAUCACGGGUGAGAGUGGUGGCAGCGCAGAGAAUGCUGCCAAGAAUGCUUUCCCAGUAGAUGAGGUGUUGAAGUCUGAUUCCGAUUUGAAGCCUGAUGUGGACUACUAUCUCCACAAACAGAUUCUCCCUCCUGUUGAGCGUCUAUGCGCGCCUAUCAGUGGGACUAACAUCACAAUGCUUGCUGCUUGCCUCGGUCUUGACACGAGCAAGUACCGUGUGAGCACUGUUUCCGGAAGCAACACCCAAGAUAUCGAGAUACAACCCCUUGAAUCUCAGAUUCCCGACUCAGUACGCUUCCAGGAUUGCACACCGCUCUUUCUACGAUGCCGAGCCUGUCACACCACAUUUUCAUUCCAAGGCCUCUCUUCAGCUCACACCACAACAGUCACACACAACGGCUUGCAAUGCCCUAACGAGUCGUGUCGCAAGACUCUCUCAAAUUUGAGCGUAGUGGCACAACUCGAAUCAGCUAUUCGCCAAACGAUUUCAAACUACUACUCAGGCACACUGCUUUGCAACGAUCCGGCUUGUGCCACCCGCACCCGCCAGAUCAGCGUCUACGGGCACCGCUGCCUGGGUCCCAAGGGCCUAGCCAAAGACUGCCUCGGCAAGAUGUCAUACACGUACUCGGACAAGGACGUCUGGAACCAACUGUUGUAUUUUGCAUCGCUGUUCGAUGUUGAGAGAGUAGGUAAAGAGCCCACCGGCAUCAACGGCGUAAAGGUCGAAGGUGCGAAUGAGAAGAGGGAGAAGAUGAAGAUUCUCGCGGAAGUCAAUCGGGAGAGGUUCAAUACUUUGAAAGGUGUGGUGGAUAGGUGGCUGGAGAAGAAUGGACGGCAAUGGGUGCAAAUGGAUAGUUUGUUUGCUUUUGCGUUGAAGUAGGGGUUGUAUAUGAUGAUGGUUGGAUGAUGAUGCAUGGCACGGUGUAGGAUAGGUUCAAGGUGGUAAAGUGUCUGUGAGGGCUUUGGUUUUUCACCGUUAUAGCGCUAUGGUUUGAAUAAAGGGCGUUCACUUG